UCUAUCCACUACUACAUGUACAGCAAGGACGAAAGCUACACUGUUCAGCCCCAGUCCUUGGAGUGCACAGGGAGUCUGGAUUCUCGCGAACUGCGCUUCUCACGUGCCAUGGUUUUUGCCAUCGAGGAGAUCAAUAACAGUACGGUGCUGCUACCAGGGGUGACGCUCGGUUACCGCAUCCACGACUCCUGCGCCUCGGUCCCCAUGGCUGUCAAGGUGGCGUUCCAGUUUGCAAACGGUUUGGACCCGGUGUUUAAGACUAACGAAAACUGCUCGCGCACAAGCACGGUAACAGCUAUAGUCGGCGAAUCUGGCUCAACUCCAUCCAUGAGCAUGUCGCGCAUCACCGGGCUCUUUAAAAUCCCACAGGUAAGCCACUUUGCAACAUGCGCCUGUCUGAGCGAUAAGAAGCAGUAUCCCGCGUUCUUCAGAACCAUCCCGAGUGACCAGUUCCAGGCUGCCGCUCUAGCCCGCCUCGUAAAGUUUUACGGUUGGACAUGGAUCGGGGCGAUCCGGUCAGACUCGGACUACGGUAAUAGCGGCAUGGGGGCUUUCCUCCGGGCUGCCAAAGAAGAGGGCAUCUGCGUUGAAUAUUCGGUGGCUUUUUACCGAACCCAGCCUAUCAGCAAGCUGCGACAAGUGGCCAAUGUUAUCCGCAGUUCCACCGCCCGGGUUGUCGUGGCCUUCCUAGCUUCGGGAGACAUGCGCAUUCUGCUGGAGGAGCUGGAGCGCGAGCGCCCGCCUCCGCUCCAGUGGAUAGGCAGCGAGUCGUGGGUCACAGACCCGGACAUGCUGCGCUUCAGCGUGUGCGCCGGCGCCGUUGGCUUUGCCAUCCCGCGCUCUGUCAUCCCUGGCCUGAGAGACUUCCUGCUGGAUCUCUCUCCCGCCAAAGUGGCGGCCGUGCCGCUGCUCACCGAGUUCUGGGAGACUGCCUUCAACUGCCACCUGCGGGAGGGCGUGUCGGGAGUGGGCGAGAAGGAGUGUGACGGUUCAGAGGACAUAGCGCAGCUCCAGAGCCCGUACACAGAUACGUCUCAGCUGCGCGUCACUAACAUGGUGUACAAGGCGGUGUACGCUAUCGCCCACGCCAUCCACCGCCUCAUCUGUGAGGACCGCGCUAACGGCACCGCUCGAUGUGACAAACAUAGCUCUGUCCAGCCAGAGCAGGUCCUAGAGAGUCUGAAGUCUAUUAACUUCUCUCAGAAUGGAUAUCCGGUAGUCUUUGAUACCAACGGCGAUCCUGUGGCCGUGUAUGAGCUGGUGAACUGGCAGAUGGGUGAGAAGGAUCACAUAGAGUUUGUGACGGUGGGUCACUAUGAUGCCUCUGUACCUGCGGGCCAGGAGUUCAGCAUGACCAAGGACAUCCUCUGGGCUGACGGGGGCACAGAGGUCCCUGUGUCUGUGUGCAGUGAGAGGUGUCCCCCAGGAACUCGUAAGGCCGUGCAGAAAGGAAAGCCUCUCUGCUGCUACGACUGUCUCCCAUGUGCAGAGGGAGAGAUCAGCAACCACACAGACUCUUCCAACUGUUGGUCGUGUUCCAGCGAGUUCUGGCCCGGUCCUGGGAGAGAUGUUUGUCUUCCCAAACCUGUGGAGUUUCUCUCCUUCCACGAGGUCCUGGGAGUCAUCCUGGCCACCUGCUCGGUGGGAGGGGCCUGCCUUGCCAUUGUCAUGGCUACUGUGUUUUACCGUAACCGAGCAACGCCCAUCGUCAGGGCCAACAACUCAGAGCUCAGCUUCCUGCUCCUCUUCUCCCUGACUCUGUGUUUCCUGUGUUCUCUCACCUUCAUCGGCCGGCCCUCUGAGUGGUCCUGUAUGCUGCGCCACACGGCAUUUGGGAUCACCUUUGUCCUCUGCAUCUCUUGUGUUCUGGGGAAGACUAUAGUGGUGCUGAUGGCCUUCAGGGCUACACUUCCAGGAAGUGAUGCCAUGAAAUGGUUUGGGCCUCCACAGCAGAGGCUGGCUGUUGUGUCUUUUACGUUUAUCCAAGCACUGAUAUGUACUCUCUGGUUAGCUCUUAAACCCCCCUUCCCUAUAAAAAAUCUAACCACUUUUAAAGAGAAGAUCAUUCUAGAAUGUGCUUUAGGUUCUGCUGUGGGCUUCUGGGCUGUGCUGGGGUAUAUAGGACUCCUGGCUCUCUUGUGCUUUGUCCUGGCUAUUUUGGCUCGAAAGCUGCCAGAUAACUUCAAUGAAGCAAAGUUCAUCACUUUCAGCAUGUUGAUAUUCUGUGCUGUCUGGAUCACCUUUAUCCCAGCUUAUGUCAGCUCUCCUGGGAAGUUCACGGUAGCUGUGGAGAUCUUUGCCAUCCUGGCCUCCAGUUUUGGUUUGAUACUUUGCAUAUUUGCUCCUAAGUGCUUCAUCAUCAUCUUCCAACCAGAGAAAAACACCAAAAAACACCUCAUGGGAAAGGUCCCCUCUAAAGCUCUCUGA